AUGGUACAAGGAAUUCCAGUUCCAAAGAGCCGCAGCGUGGCCGGAGGAUUUCGCCCGUACAAAGCGGACAAGUGCUCUCACUGCGAGCAACGAAUCGGCGACGGUCAAGACUUCACCAACUACGACCAGCAAUCGUUUCACAAAGACUGUUUUUGCUGCGAACAGUGUUUCAGGAGAUUUACCGAUGAGGACAACAUCUUUCAGUUUGAAGGAAAAAAGUACUGCGAGGACGAUUUCAAAGUUCUUUACGCGCCCAUUUGCAGAAAAUGCAACACUUUUGUCGAGGGCGAGGUUUUAAGCGCCCUGAACGCAGAAUGGUGCCUCGAAUGUUUCUGUUGCGAAAAUCAAGACUCUUGCGGAUCUGCUUUGGGCACCCCGUUGGCGCAGUACAACAAGAAGCUCUUCUGCCGACCCUGUUUCAACGAAGAAAAAGCGAAAGCCGAAGGAAAGCCAAUUUGCCAAAAGUGCUUCAACGUAGUGGAAGACAUGCCGCUUCGCUGGAAGGGCGAUCCCUAUCAUCCGUACCACUUCAACUGUGCCAACUGCGCCUGCGUCAUGGAUCAUACUGGCAGAGACAUCGGAGGGCGACUGUACUGCCUUCCCUGUCACGAUAAGAUGGGCAUUCCGAUUUGCGCAGCUUGUCGACGACCGGUUGAGGGGAGAUGCGUAAAUGCCUGUGGGAAGCAGUGGCAUCCUGAGCAUUUCGUCUGCUCAUCCUGCGAGCGUCCUUUCUCGCACUCUAAGUACUUCCUCGGACCUGAUAACAUGCCUUACUGUGAGAAGCACUACAACAUUCAGUUUGGAGAAGUCUGCUUUUCUUGCAAUAUCCCCAUAAAGGACGAAGUGAUUUCGGCGCUGGAGAAAAAGUACUGCUCUUGUUGUUUCCGGUGCACAGGCUGCGAUGAUCGACUCAGUCCGAAGCAGAAAUUCGUCGAGUUUGACAUGAAACCGCUUUGCAAAAAAUGCUUCGACAAGUUCCCCUCUGAGCUAAAAAAGCGAAUCAAGAAGCAUUCCAAAAAAUAG